AUGACUUCUCUGCUCGUUCUGGUUUCUCUCGCUAUAACUCAACUACUGUCGACAUUGGCGCAGGAGUGCAGAAAUCAAUUGAAGCCUGUCUACAGAACCCCCAUUGCUGCCGAUGGCUGGACGUUCCGUCUUGUUUCCAAUGGCUUUGACCGACCUCGGAGCAUUCUCUUCGACCACCUAGGGGCGAUUCUACUCGUCGACGCCAGAUCCGGAAUCAAGCAUUUAAGGCUGACUGACGAUGGAGGCACCUGUUUGUAUGUUGCCGAGGAGCGAAUAGUCAUCGAGUCACUCGAUCUCAACCACGGAAUAGCACUAUCGCCCGAUGGCAAAACACUCUACGCCUCAACAGUUGACAAGGUCUACGCCUGGUCCUACGAUGCCAUAGAAGGAGUCGUCAAUGACUCCAAUAGAACGCUCGUCGCGAACAUGAGCAACACUGGCCAUACGACGCGAACUUUACCACUGUCUAACAAGAAACCGGGUAUCAUAUUGGUAUCAAGGGGUAGUGCGGCUAAUAUCGACCAAGAUGCCGCCAGGCAAGAAACUGGCCACUCUCAGCUCCGUGCUUUCGACAUUGGCAACCUCGGCGAGAACUCGCAGCCAUUCGACUUUACCAUCCACGGCACUAUGCUAGAAUGGGGGCUCCGGAACUCCGUAGGUAUAGCAGAGGAGCCCGUUACCGGUGGCAUUUGGACAGUCGAGAAUUCGGCCGAUCAGUUGAGGAGGAACGGUGUCGAUAUACACCGAGACAAUCCCGCGGAAGAGCUCAACUUCCACGGCUACCUCGACAACUCUGCUGAGAAGAGGAGCAGGGGGGUAACUACGGCUACCCAAACUGCUUUGCGCUGUGACAAAGGCGGCAUGAACACCGGAGAACAGUUUACUCUAACCUCAUUGCGCACUCUCAACGACACGACAUGCGCCUUCAGCCACGUCCCGCCGAGGUUAUCUUUCCAAGCACACACCGCACCGUUAGACAUCAAGUUCACGCCCAGCGGCUCCGAGGCAUUUGUUACGUUCCAUGGCAGCUGGAAUCGAGAUGAACCAGUUGGCUACAAACUGUCUAGCAUACCCUUUACAAAUGGAAUGCCCACCGAACCUGCGGACAGCCGAACGCCGCUUACCGACGUAUUAACCAAUGCGGACAUCAACGAUUGCCCAGACAACUACUUUCGACCAGUAGGGCUUGCAUGGGACAGCCGGCAGAGGCUGUUCAUGACAUCCGAUGCCACGGGAGAGCUAUACGUUCUUCAACGAACCGAUGUUUUAGCUUCAGCGAGCUCCCCAGCAGUACCUAUCUCAACUUCGUCGCAAGGCACCCCAGAAGUCCCGUCUAGCCCUAUAUUUGUUGGCGGCCUCGCAAUGUCGGCAGCACUUGCCCUUGGCGGAUUCGGCAUCUUCGGCUUUCCCCUAGGCUUAAGAUGA